AUGGGCCGUAAAAAAAUACAGAUCAGCCGAAUAUUGGACCAGCGGAACCGGCAGGUGACGUUCACCAAGCGGAAAUUCGGGCUGAUGAAGAAGGCCUACGAGCUGAGCGUGCUGUGCGACUGCGAGAUCGCCCUCAUCAUCUUCAACAGCACCAACCGGCUCUUCCAGUACGCCAGCACCGACAUGGACAAGGUGCUGCUCAAGUACACGGAGUACAGCGAGCCCCACGAGAGCCGCACCAACUCCGACAUCCUCGAGACGCUGAAGCGCAAGGGGCUGGGGCUGGAGAGCCACGAGCUGGAGCUGGACGAGGGCCCGGAGCCGGGGGACAAGGGGAGGAGGCUGAGCGAGGGCGUGGACCUGUCGGUGGCACGGAACAGGUUCUACAGUCCCCCUCCCCUCCCUGGGUCCCCAAGAUCCUCAUCCCCUCCUUCGACCUCUGAUGUGGCUAUGAGGAUGUGGCCACGAGGGCACCGGAGCGGCCACCGUCACACCCGUGGGCACCCCGCCCCAUCCCCACAUCCCCUGGAGCCACCCCCUGCAUCCCCCUGUCGCUCUGUCCCUGCAGGUCUCGGCUACCCCCUGUUCCCUGCGGGCGGCCUGAACCGAGCCCUGGCCACCAAGACCCCCCCCCCGCUGUACCUGGGGGCCGAGGGCCGGCGCGGGGAAGCCCAGGGCAGCCUGGCGAGCGCCCGGGGCGGCGGCAGCACCGCGCGGCCGCUGUACCCGGCCCUGCAGACCCUGAGCCCCGUCCUCGCCCCGGGCAGCUCCAGCAUCCCGAGCCACGGCCUCGCCGGCUUCCCCUUCCUCAGCCCAGCCCAGGCGGCAGAUUUCGGGGCUGGCGAGGUCCCGCCGCCCCCCGGGUUCCUGCAGCCCGGCCCCCCGGCGUGGCAGCACCCCCGGGACAUGGCAGCUCUGGGGGUCAGCAGCCGGAUCGUCUCUGCCGAAGACCCUCCCCCGGCCCCCGGCUCCUCCCCGCAGCACCCAGCCGUCAGCAUCAAGUCGGAGCGGGUCUCCCCGGGGCUGGGCUGCCCCUCGGGCACCCCCCAGACCUCCCUGGCCAGCCUGGCGUCCCUCAGCGAAGCCUCCCGAGGCCCCGGAGACCUCCAGCCCCGGGACGACUACGCCAAGGGGUACCCCUACCCCCUCGGUGCCCCCCGGCCGCCGGCGGAGGAGCAGAGGGUCGCGGUGCCCCCGCGGCGGGCGCAGCCCAUGGACGUUUGGCAGAGAUAG